CGUCGACGGUGAUGGCCGAGCUCGCCGGGGCGCCGCAAAGCGAGCAGACCGAGUCGACGGCAAGAGGAGGGGCUUCGUUUCGCACUGCGGCUGCUGGAGAGAAGCUGAAGCCGGGGCUGGGCGAGAGCCGCCGACCGCUCGCAGCAGUUCCCUAGUGCGGCUGCUGCCGACGCCGGUGCGCAUCCUCCUCCUCCUCGCCUAGUAGUCCAUAAAGCGCCGGAGUGGGCGGAGUACGAAAAGCUCUCCGUGCCGCCGCUGCACCUAUUCAUUCAGGCAGCCACCUAAAAUGGCUGGAGAGAGCCGAAGGUGGUGGUGGCGGCAGCAGCAGAGGAGGAGGAGGAGGAGGUGGUGAAGCGAAGGCGGCAGCCGCCACCGUCGCUGCAACAGCAGCAGCAGCAGCAACCACCAACCCUUAAAAAAAGCGCUUCUCUUCGAGGGUCUUUUGGGGGUGGACGGACACACACGUUACAAGACACCCGGGUCUGUUUUUUUUCCGCCCCUCCAAAGCCUGUUUGGACUGAAUGUUCCUCCGAGCUUUUGCUUGCUUCAGCCUUUUUUGAACCAUGUCGACCGGCCCAGACGAGAGCUCCGUCCGUGUCGCCGUCAGAAUCCGGCCUCAGUUAGCCAAAGAGAAGAUAGAAGGAUGCCAUAUCUGCACAUUGGUCACACCUGGUGAACCUCAGGUGUUUCUAGGAAAAGAUAAGGCCUUCACUUUUGAUUAUGUGUUUGAUAUUGCAUCCCAGCAAGAGGACAUCUACUUACAAUGCAUAGAAAAAUUGAUUGAAGGCUGCUUUGAAGGAUAUAAUGCUACUGUAUUUGCUUAUGGCCAGACAGGAGCUGGUAAGACUUAUACAAUGGGCACAGGAUUUGAUGUCAAUAUAAUGGAAGAGGAACAGGGUAUUAUAGCGCGAGCUGUAAAACAUCUGUACAAGUGCAUUGAAGAGAAAAAGAGUGCAGCUAUUCAGCAAGGGCUUCCACCUCCAGAAUUUAAAGUCAAUGCCCAGUUCUUAGAGCUUUACAAUGAAGAAGUACUUGACCUGUUUGAUUCAACACGUGAUGUUGAUUCAAAGAACAAAAAGUCAAAUAUCAAAAUCCAUGAAGAUUCAGCAGGAGGAAUAUAUACAGUGGGAGUCACAACACGGACCGUCAACGCAGAAUCCGAGAUGAUGCAGUGCUUGAAGCUGGGGGCUUUAUCUCGAACUACUGCCAGCACACAGAUGAAUGUCCAGAGCUCACGUUCACAUGCCAUCUUCACUAUCCACUUAUGCCAGACUAGAGUUUGUCCACCACUUGAUGCUGACAGCGUGACAGACAACAGAAUAAUGAUGGACUCCUCUCAGAUGAAUGAGUUUGAAACUCUUACCGCUAAGUUUCAUUUUGUGGAUCUGGCAGGAUCAGAACGAUUAAAACGUACAGGGGCAACUGGAGAACGAGCCAAAGAAGGCAUAUCUAUCAAUUGUGGACUUCUGGCGUUGGGCAAUGUAAUAAGUGCACUGGGAGAUAAGAGCAAGAAAGUGACUCAUGUACCAUACAGAGAUUCAAAAUUAACACGACUAUUGCAAGAUUCUCUUGGAGGGAAUAGCCAAACAGUCAUGAUAGCUUGUGUAAGCCCUUCCGACAGAGACUUCAUGGAAACGUUGAACACCUUAAAGUAUGCAAACAGAGCAAGAAAUAUCAAGAAUAAACUGAUGGUUAAUCAGGACAGGGCUAGUCAGCAGAUCAACGCUCUGCGAAGCGAGAUAACUCGAUUGCAGUUGGAACUCAUGGAAUAUAAAACGGGUAAAAAGAUUAUUGAUGAGGAAGGUGUGGAAAGUAUUAAUGACAUGUUCCAUGAAAACGCCAUGCUGCAAACAGAGAACAACAAUCUGCGAGUUAGGAUAAAGGCAAUGCAAGAGACUAUAGAUGCUUUGAGAGCUCGAAUCACACAGCUUGCCAGUGAUCAGGCCAACCAGGUCCUUGCUAGAGCAGGAGAGGGUAAUGAAGAAAUCAGUAAUAUGAUUCAUAACUACAUCAAGGAAAUUGAGGAUCUCAGAGCUAAGCUAUUCGAAAGCGAAGCAGUGAAUGAAAACCUUCGGCGCAACUUGUCAAGAGCUUCAACACGGUCAACAUACUUUGGUGGAGCCUCAGCAUUUUCUGCUUCGAUGCUUCCCUCUGAUAAGGAGACGAUUGAAAUCCUAGAUAUGGCUAAAAAAGAUUUAGAAAAACUGAAAAAAAAGGAAAGGAAGAAGAAAAAGAGGCUGCAGAAACUUGAGGAAAGCAGUCAAGAAGAACGAAGUGCUGUUAAAGAAGAAAACACAGAUAAUGAGCAGGAGAAAAAAGAUGAAAAGGGCAUUUCUGAAAGAGAAAAUAAUGACCUAGAAGCAGAAGAUGGGCAUGAGCAUAGUGAUAAUGAGGAUGACGAAGAAGAAGAUGAUGAAGAUGAAGAUUUGGAUGUGGUCGAAAGUUCAGAUGAAUCAGAUUCUGAUUCUGAUGAAAAAGUGAAUUAUCAGGCAGAUUUAGCAAACAUUACAUGUGAAAUUGCCAUAAAACAGAAGCUCAUUGACGAACUGGAGAAUAGCCAAAGAAGGCUUCAGACUUUGAAAAGGCAGUAUGAAGAAAAGCUAAUGAUGUUGCAGCAUAAAAUUCGAGAUACACAACUUGAAAGAGAUCAGGUGCUUCAGAAUCUGGGUUCAGUGGAGACCUGCUCGGAAGAAAAAGCAAAAAAGAUUAAAAGUGAAUAUGAAAAGAAGCUUCAGUCCAUGAAUAAACAACUGCAGAGGCUUCAGGCAGCCCAGAAAGAGCAUGCACGAUUGCUUAAAAAUCAGUCACAGUAUGAAAGGCAACUGAAAAAAUUGCAACAGGAUGUGACAGAAAUGAAGAAAACAAAGGUUCGUUUGAUGAAACAAAUGAAAGAAGAACAAGAGAAAGCCAGGAUGAAUGAAUCUAGAAGAAACAAAGAGAUUGCACAGCUUAGAAAAGAACAGAGGAAACGAGAGCAUCAGCUAAAACUACUGGAAGCUCAAAAGAAGAAUCAGGAAGUUGUUCUACGCCGCAGAACUGAAGAGGUUACAGCUCUUCGUAGACAAGCCAGACCUAUAUCUGAUAAAGUGUCUGGGAGAGUGAGUCGGAAGCUGAGUUUACCUGAGCACUCAAAUCAAGAAGCUUCGUCCUCAGUAGACAGUGAUGGAUCAAAAGUGGUCCCCCAACAGAAGAUGAGAAUACCCAUAGCAAGAGUCCAGGCAUUGCCAGCAGCAAAUGGAACCAAGAGCAAAUAUCAAAGGAAAGCAAUGACUUCAAGAGUUUAUAUUUCCAAGAGUGCAAGAAUGAAAUGGCAGUUACUUGAACGGAGAUUAACAGAGAUUAUUAUGCAGAAGAUGACUAUAUCUAAUAUGGAAAGCGAUAUGAAUAGAUUAUUGAAGCAACGUGAAGAACUUACCAAAAGGAAAGAAAAGCUUUCUAGAAGAAGGGAGAGAAUAAUCAAAGAGGGUGUCCCAGAUAUAGAUAAAAACAUCCAUAAUAUAAAUGAAGAGAUGGAGUCACUAAUGGCCAAUAUAGAUUACAUCAACGAUAGUAUUUCUGACUGCCAAGCAAAUAUCAUGCAAAUGGAAGAAGCCAAGGAGGAAGGAGACACUUUAGAUGUUACAGCUGUUAUUAACGCCUGUACUCUGACUGAAGCUCGUUAUUUACUUGAUCAUUUCCUUACUAUGGGCAUUAAUAAGGGUCUCCAAGCAGCUCAAAAAGAGGCUCAGAUCAAAGUUCUUGAAGGACGCCUUAAGCAAACGGAAAUCACCACAACUACCCAAAACCAACUCUUAUUUCACAUGUUGAAAGAGAAAGCAGAAUUAAAUCCUGAACUAGACGCUUUACUGGGCCAUGCAUUACAAGACCUAGAUAGCAUACCAUUGGAAAAUGUGGAAGACAGUACUGAUGAAGAUGCUCCUUUGAAUAGUCCUGGGGCUGAAGGAAGUUCUUUAUCUUCAGAUCUUAUGAAACUUUGUAGUGAAGUCAAGCCUAAAAAUAAGGCACGACGUCGGACAACAACCCAGAUGGAACUGCUUUAUGCUGAUAGCGGUGAUUUAACAUCAGAUGUCAGUGCUGGAGAGUCAGCUGUGUCGAGUCCUCUUACAUCGGUUGCAGAAGCUCAAGAAAGUGGAAUGGUUUCUGACACCAAAGAACCUUCUGCCAGGGACAUAGAGGCCCUUCUUGUGCAGUCACCUUUGCCUUCUAAGGCUGCCAGCAUGUCCAAACAGUCAUCUCCAACAGAAAAAAAAAUACCAGAACCUUCACCUGUAUCCAAGAGAAAAAGCUAUGAUAAAUCUGUAGAUAAGCCAAAGUCAAAAGAACAAAAACACUCAGAUUCUGGAACCUCAGAGGCUAGUCUAUCACCUCCUCCUUCCCCACCAAGCCGGCCCCGUAAUGAACUGAAUGUUUUUAACCGUCUUACUGUUUCUCAGGGAAGCCCAUCAGUUCAGAAGGAUAAGUCUGAGGAAAGUGAUUCUUCUCUGUCGGAGGUACACAGAGGCAUAAUCAACCCAUUUUCUUCAAAAUGUGUCCGACCCUCCCCAGUUCAAUGUAUCUAUAUUGCUGAAGGUCAUAUGAAGGCUGUGCUUUGUGUUGAUUCUACUGAUGAUCUCCUCUUCACUGGAUCAAAAGAUCGCACUUGUAAAGUAUGGAAUUUGGUUACUGGACAGGAAAUCAUGUCUCUGAGUGGCCAUCCUAACAAUGUUGUAUCUGUAAAAUACUGUAAUUAUACUAGUUUGGUGUUCACAGUCUCAACAUCUUAUAUUAAGGUGUGGGACAUCCGCGAUUCUGCUAAAUGUAUCCGAACGCUAACAUCUUCAGGCCAGGCAAUGCCGGGGGAUGCUUGCUCUGGAAAUACCAAUAGAACUGUUACAAUUCCAGCUGGUGAGAACCAGAUAAAUCAGAUUGCCUUAAAUCCAACAGGCACUUUUCUAUAUGCAGCUGCAGGAAACGUGGUCAGAAUGUGGGACCUGAAGAGAUUUCAGUCUACAGGAAAACUAGCUGGUCACUUGGGCCCAGUUAUGUGUCUCACAGUAGAUCGUAUUUCUAAUGGACAAGAUCUCAUCAUUACUGGCUCCAAGGACCAUUAUAUAAAGAUGUUCGAUAUAACCGAAGGAGCUCUUGGAACUGUAAGCCCUACACACAACUUUGAACCUCCUCACUAUGAUGGCAUUGAAGCACUUACUAUUAUGGGCGACAACCUUUUUAGUGGAUCCAGAGAUAAUGGAAUUAAAAAAUGGGACUUGGCUCAAAAAGACCUAAUUCAGCAAGUUCCUAAUGCUCAUAAGGAUUGGGUUUGCGCUCUUGGUAUCAUUCCGGAUUCCUCUGUGCUAUUGAGCGGCUGCCGAGGAGGCAUUCUGAAGCUUUGGAGUGGAGACACAUUUGCCCCAAUCAGUGAACUAAAAGGACACGAUAGUCCUAUUAAUGCCAUCUGCUCCAAUUCCAGCCAGAUUUUUACUGCAUCUGAUGAUCGAACUGUGAAAAUCUGGAAAGUUCCCAGCAGCCUAGAUGGACAGCUCUCUGAUCCAGGUGAUACAAGUGAAGAUAUUGCCAGUAACUGAACAAGAGUUGCACUGCUAGACAUCUCAAGCUCUGAUGAUAAGCUUUGCUCUCACUGAAGUUGCUCUGCAUUUAUAGGCAAAUGGUAGUACCUGAAAGAAUUGUUAAUUGUUCUACUGUUAGGCAUUUGUAUUCUGCUAAAAACUGCUGCCCUUAAGAGCUGCCUUAUGUACCGCGUUCAAAAUGUUGGUUUUAUAUAUCUUUGUCUGGGUUUGUGUGACUGCUUGUUCUAACCUAUAAAUGGCUUAAUUUGUGUGUAUCAAUAAGACUUAGCAAAAUCAAACUGGAUAUCUUCGACCUUGAAUGGUGGUCUGAAAACUGUAACCUAGAAUGUGAAGUUGCCCUACGUACCUCACAUUGACCCUUCUGUAGAAUGAAACUUCACAGUUAUCCAAAAUAUACCGGUAUAUUUUAUCUCAUUUCCAAAAUCUUUAACAAGAAGAAGAAGAAGAAUGGAGGGGUCCUAAUACGUUUACUUGAACUUUGCUGCUGUAUGAAAUAUUAAGACUGGCGUGUCAAUAAACUGGAAGAGAUUAUUGCUCUUGAAUGGUUACUGUUUUCCAAACGGAGGGCUCCUGACAUUAUAAAUCAAAAGAAAUCGUGCAACUAAUAAAUCUUUCUUAACUUUAUUAACUCUCUACAUGGGGCUCCCCCUGGGGUGCACCCGGAGGCUCCAGCUGCUCCAGAACGCGGCCGCGCGGGGGAUUAUGGAGGCGACGAGGCGCUCCCAUGUAACAUCUCUCCUGCGCGAGCUGCACUGGCUCCUGGUGGUCUUCCGGGUGCGCUUCAAGGUGUUGGUGACCACCUUUAAAGCGCUCCAUGGCUUAGGGCCGGGGUACUUACGAGACAGCCUUCUGCCACCAAUAGCCUCCCACCGGCCAGUACGCUCGCACAGAGUGGGCCUCCUCAGGGUGCCGUCCGCCAGACAAUGUCGGCUGACGACUCCCAGGGGGAGAGCCUUCUCUGGCAGCGCCCACCCUCUGGAACAACCUCCCCCCAGAGAUACGUACAAUAACAGACCUCUGGAUUUUUCGUCGGGCCCUGAAAACCCAUUUAUUUCAACUAGCUGGGCUGGCUUGAGUUAAAUUUUAAAUUGAUUUUAAAUUGGGUUGUUUUAAUUUACGGCCAAAAUAUUUAAUUAUUUUAAACUGCUUUUAAAUUUUGUAUGUAUUCUUUUUUACUUUGGCUGUUCACCGCCCUGAGUCCUAUUGGAGAAGGGUGGUAUAGAAAUAAGAACAAAUAAAUAAAUAAAUAAAUAAAUUUUCCAUUAAAAGAAAAAGAUGGCAGGUCAUCAGGGGAAAAUGUGGGAUGACUGGAAAUUCAAAAUCUAGGAAUCCAGUGCCUGGAUUUCAUCUUGGUACAUUGUUGAGGCAGGAGAAGUUGCACAAUAAUAAACAAUAAAACCCUGGAAGCAUCCUAUAAUCUGCUAACAAUGAAUGUUACAUAACCCUCUCCUUUUAUUGACCAAAGUAGCGCAGCUUAUGUCUACGUGCUCAGGACUAAAAACUAAAAUUCUGUCGAAUUAAUAUUUUAUUAGGGCUUUGGCCUACCGCAGUAUUCAUAGAGAAAGACCUUGUUUUGUUUUUCCAUUUGGAGUGCUUUUAAUCUCAUGUUCUAAAGGUUUCCUUUCUUUUAAUCUAAUUUGAUAUGCUGCUAAAUACAUUUUAAAUAUGUCUGUGAACCUUGAAAGAUACGUAAGAGAAUUGUAACAACGGUAUCAAGGAAGACUGUAAAUAUGUGAGCUAUAAAGAGAGAGACUGGGUUCCUGAGUGAAUUUUAAAAAUGCUGUAGUGAGUGCAGAUUGGAAGAUAUUGUAUAAUUUAUCCAAAUGUUCAGGAUUUAAUUUGUAAAUUCAGCUAUUUUUAAAAGUUUAGAAUAAUUUUCAGGAAAAAUGUUUUACUGUUUUAUUGGGUAUAAUGAUGGAGAAGAUGAGCUUAUAAAUGUAUAGCUUAAGGUAGUCCAUUGCUUAAAUUAAAAAAACACCACAUAACUGAAUGCA